AUGGCAUCUCCGUCUCCGGCUGCGUCUCCAGACGGUCAAGCCACCUUCAAUGGCCAGCCAGACGCGAACGCUCAAGCUCCCCCACCUCCUCCUCCUCCCGACGAUUUGGACAGCAGCAUCUUCCCCGGUCCUCCCCCUUUCUAUCACCGCUAUACGAGUGCAAACCUCGCCCUACCACUCGAUGCGACCAUCUCGGACGUCCCGGGCGAGCCGCAGCCCUUCCAGCGGAGCGAGAUGGAACCGCCGAACGUCGACUGGAUUGUCGAGGAGGGGAACUACAGCGUCUUCGGCGAGACGUGGCCUGUCGACGAGAAGGUGCCGACGCUGGAAGAGAUGGGCGUGCAAGAGAUGUUUGACCGGAAUGCCGACCGCAAGCAAUCCCUCCAGACCCUUCUUCGCGCCCUCCUCCUCACAUAUACCCAGCUUCUCGACGCCCUUCUCGCCCCUCCGCCCUCUCUCGCCCACCCUCUUCCUCCUCUGCCCGACGGUCGACCCGCUCCCACCGACCCUGAACGGCUGACAGAGCACAUGCGACUGAUAGCCAUCAACAUGCACUACCUCGUGAACGAGUUGCGGCCAGUCCAGGCGAGAGAGACGCUCAAGGCGAUGAUGCGCGCUCAGAUCGACUUGCGGAGGGCCAAGACUGCCGCAAUCAAGCAGAAAUGUGCCGAGAUCCAGACAACGCUCGCCUCGCUUCGUUCACGCAUCGCAACAGCCUCCGCGCCGGCAGACCAGCUCGAGAAGGCGGCUACGGUGUCGACCAGCAACUCCGCCUUUGCCGCCGCCGACGAAGCUUUCGACAUUCUCGCCAAGCUGCAGGCUCGCGCCGACCGUCUCGCACGAUAG